AUGUGCAAAGGCUUUGGCUCCACUCUGAUAAGACCUGCCCUACAAUGGUACAUAAACCUACCCACCAGGUCCAUAUCCUCUUUUGCGAGCCUCAGCGACAAGUUUGUGGAGCAAUUCACAAGUAGUAAAAGCCUGGAGAAGACUUCAGACGGUCUCUACGAGAUUCUUCAGCAUCGGGUAGAACCCCUGCGAGAUUACAUAAACCGCUUCAACCAAGAAAAGAUGGCAGUUCCCGACUGCAGCAUUCCUACCGUGAUCUCUGCCUUCAAAAGGGGCCUGCUUCCAGACGGAGGCCUCUACAAAGAACUAACCACGUAUCCCUGCAAGACCAUGGAAGACGUGUUAUCUCGGGCCUCGGUGCAAGUGAAGUGGGAAGAAGAUGUCGCUAGCCACGCUAAGGCCCAGCUGAAGCAGGACAAAAAGUCGGCCCGAUCGGAUCAAGGAAAUCGGGAUGAAAGAUCCUCCCAAAGAGCGACCAAGGACUCUGGGAACAGAAACCGGGGCAGGUUCCUGUACCGACCCCUGGAAAAGGAAGAAGGAAUGUCGGUAUCCACUUGGCCCGACAUCUCCCAUCUCUCCAUAUUCACACCGGAGCUAGUCAACGUCUUUAGGCAGAUGGGCCAACAGGUCAAGUGGCCUCAAAAGAUGAAGGCACCUGACUCGUUCCGGAACCCUGGCCUCUGGUGCGACUUCCAUCGCGAUCACGGUCACAAAACUGAAGACUGCAUCGCUCUAAGGAUCGAGGUCAAUGAACUACUCCAAAAGGGGCAUCUCCGGGAAUUCCUCUCAGAAAAAGCCAAGAACCAUCUAAAUAAAGAGGUGCCGGCGAAAUCCGCUGGAGCUAUACCCGCCUCACCACCUCGCCAGGACCGAGUGAUCCUUGUCAUAUCCGGAGGUUCAGAGACAAGCGGCGUGAGUCAUGCAGCUGCCAAGAAAAGCACCCGCAAUGCCAAGCACGGCCUGGAGACGACCAAACCAAAGCGCUUGCUCCUAGGUACCGACAAAAUAAGCUUCACGGCUAAGGAGCAGGAGAAGAUCCUGGCUCCCCACCACGAUCCCCUGGUCAUCUCGCACACCGUAGCAAACUACUAG